GGCUGUCUCCAAAUAAGUGAUGAGAUAUAAUGCAUCCUCCAGUCCUUGCACGCUUCCUCUUGCAAUUUGUGCAUCAUUCCUCAGUGGAAACCUUUAAACCCUAAAAUCCAGGAAAAGAAAGUAAAUACAUUAUCAUGGACCUGAGGGAUUUUUACCUGUUGGCUGCUCUGAUUGCCUGUUUAAGGCUGGAUUCCGCAAUAGCUCAAGAACUUAUUUACACUAUUAGAGAGGAAUUGCCUGAAAAUGUGCCCAUAGGAAACAUACCAAAGGAUCUGAACAUUUCUCACAUCAAUGCUGCCACAGGGACCAGCACCAGCCUUGUCUACAGACUGGUUUCUAAAGCUGGGGAUGCCCCUUUGGUGAAAGUAUCCAGCAGCACUGGGGAAAUUUUCACAACCUCCAACAGGAUAGACAGAGAAAAACUCUGUGCUGGCGCCUCAUAUGCUGAGGAGAAUGAGUGUUUCUUUGAACUUGAGGUGGUGAUCCUCCCCAAUGACUUCUUCAGGCUGAUCAAAAUAAAAAUAAUUGUCAAGGAUACCAAUGAUAAUGCCCCCAUGUUUCCAUCUCCUGUCAUCAAUAUUUCCAUUCCAGAAAACACUUUGAUCAACAGCCGCUUUCCAAUUCCAUCAGCAACAGAUCCUGACACAGGCUUCAAUGGUGUACAGCAUUAUGAAUUGUUAAAUGGUCAGAGUGUUUUUGGACUGGAUAUCGUGGAAACUCCGGAGGGAGAGAAGUGGCCACAAUUGAUUGUUCAGCAAAACUUGGAUAGAGAACAGAAAGAUACCUAUGUGAUGAAAAUCAAAGUAGAGGAUGGAGGCACUCCACAGAAAUCCAGUACGGCCAUACUGCAGGUCACAGUAAGUGAUGUAAAUGACAACAGGCCGGUGUUUAAAGAGGGUCAAGUAGAGGUGCAUAUUCCAGAGAAUGCUCCUGUAGGUACCUCUGUAAUUCAGCUCCAUGCCACAGAUGCAGACAUAGGCAGCAAUGCUGAAAUCCGGUACAUUUUUGGUGCCCAGGUCGCCCCUGCAACCAAAAGACUCUUUGCUUUAAAUAAUACUACUGGGCUGAUUACAGUUCAGAGGUCCUUAGACAGAGAGGAGACAGCCAUUCACAAAGUGACAGUGCUGGCUAGUGAUGGCAGCUCCACUCCUGCUCGAGCAACGGUUACCAUCAAUGUCACCGAUGUAAAUGAUAACCCUCCUAACAUAGACCUCAGGUACAUUAUAAGUCCCAUCAAUGGCACCGUGUAUUUAUCUGAGAAAGAUCCUGUCAAUACAAAGAUUGCCCUAAUUACAGUUUCAGAUAAGGACACAGAUGUGAAUGGCAAAGUGAUCUGUUUUAUUGAAAGAGAGGUCCCAUUUCAUUUGAAGGCAGUUUAUGACAACCAAUAUUUGUUAGAGACCUCUUCUUUGUUGGACUAUGAGGGCACCAAAGAAUUCAGCUUUAAAAUUGUUGCCUCUGAUUCUGGGAAGCCCAGUUUAAAUCAGACUGCCCUGGUAAGGGUUAAGCUUGAGGAUGAAAAUGACAACCCACCAAUUUUCAACCAGCCUGUAAUUGAGCUGUCAGUUUCUGAAAACAACCGACGUGGGUUAUACUUAACAACUAUUAGUGCCACAGAUGAAGACAGUGGGAAAAAUGCAGACAUUGUUUAUCAGCUUGGACCGAAUGCCUCCUUCUUUGAUCUGGACCGAAAAACAGGAGUUUUGACAGCCUCCAGAGUCUUUGACAGAGAAGAACAAGAACGAUUCAUUUUUACAGUAACUGCCAGGGACAAUGGAACCCCUCCCCUCCAAAGCCAAGCGGCUGUGAUAGUUACUGUUCUGGAUGAGAAUGACAAUAGCCCCAAGUUUACUCAUAAUCAUUUUCAAUUUUUUGUGUCUGAGAAUCUGCCAAAGUAUAGUACUGUGGGGGUAAUCACAGUGACAGAUGCAGAUGCUGGAGAGAAUAAAGCUGUGACUCUUUCCAUUCUAAAUGACAACGAUAAUUUUGUGUUGGAUCCCUAUUCCGGAGUCAUAAAGUCAAAUGUCUCCUUUGAUAGAGAGCAGCAGAGUUCCUACACUUUUGAUGUCAAAGCCACUGAUGGAGGACAGCCACCUCGUUCCUCUACUGCAAAAGUAACUAUCAACGUCAUGGAUGUCAAUGACAACAGCCCAGUUGUCAUUUCUCCACCAUCUAAUACUUCCUUUAAGUUGGUGCCCCUCUCAGCCAUUCCUGGCUCCGUGGUAGCAGAAGUUUUUGCAGUGGAUGUUGACACUGGAAUGAACGCUGAACUAAAGUAUACUAUAGUGAGUGGAAACAACAAAGGCUUAUUUCGGAUUGAUCCAGUAACAGGUAACAUUACUCUGGAAGAAAAACCAGCACCUACUGAUGUGGGAUUGCAUCGCUUGGUGGUCAACAUAAGUGACCUGGGGUACCCUAAAUCUUUGCACACACUUGUGCUUGUAUUUCUUUAUGUUAAUGACACUGCUGGAAAUGCCUCCUAUAUCUAUGACUUGAUCCGCAGGACUAUGGAGACCCCGCUGGACAGGAACAUAGGGGAUAGUAGCCAACCCUAUCAAAAUGAGGACUAUCUAACCAUCAUGAUUGCCAUCAUCGCCGGCGCCAUGGUGGUCAUCGUUGUGAUCUUCGUCACUGUUCUGGUGCGCUGUCGCCAUGCAUCAAGGUUCAAAGCAGCUCAGAGGAGCAAGCAAGGUGCCGAAUGGAUGUCCCCAAACCAGGAGAACAAACAAAACAAGAAAAAGAAAAGAAAGAAAAGGAAGUCUCCCAAGAGCUCUCUUUUGAACUUUGUUACUAUCGAAGAGUCCAAACCUGAUGAUGCAGUUCAUGAACCAAUCAAUGGGACAAUAAGCCUGCCGGCUGAACUGGAGGAACAAAGUAUAGGAAGAUUUGACUGGGGCCCGGCACCUCCAACCACGUUCAAGCCUAACAGUCCUGACCUGGCCAAGCACUACAAAUCUGCUUCUCCACAGCCUGCUUUUCAUCUCAAACCAGACACUCCAGUUUCUGUGAAAAAGCAUCAUGUGAUUCAGGAACUCCCUUUGGACAACACCUUUGUCGGGGGUUGUGAUACCCUUUCUAAACGCUCUUCCACUAGUUCAGAUCACUUCAGUGCCUCAGAGUGCAGUUCCCAAGGAGGCUUCAAGACAAAGGGCCCCUUACACACCAGACAGCCCCUGUGCCUGAAUGGUUCAGAAGCAACCACCAUCAUGCAUCUCUGUGCAAACUUGCCAGCUAAGAUCAGUAUGGGCCUUCCUCCAGCCUAUCUGUAAUGCACUGGGAGAAUAUAUCUUCAUGUCUAUUUAGAAACAUGCAUAUAAUAAGUUAUUUUAAUGCUAUUUAUAAAAUUUUAGCCUUUUCCUAGAGUAGAUUUUCCACUUUUAUCACCCAUAGCCACAAAAUUAUUCAAUUAUUUUCUACAGUUCUAUAAAUAUAUCAUAAUUAUGAGCUACUUAAUGUCUUUCUUAAAAACUUUAACAGUAUCUGGUAAAUGUCAGUGUGCUGGCUCACACCUUUAAUCCUAGUGCUUGGGGAGGCCAAGGCAGGUGGGUCACUUGAGUUCAUGAGUUUGAGAGCCAUCUAGGCAACAUAGCAAGACCUCAUCUUUACAAAAAAUACAAAAAUUAGCCAGGCGUGUUGAGGCACACCUACAGUCCCAGCUAUUUGGGAGGAUGAGGCAGGAAGAUAGCUUGAGCCCAAAAGGCCGAGGUUGUAAUGAGCCAAGAUUGCACCAAUGCACUCCAGCCUUGGCACUAAAGCAAGAACCUGUCUCAAAAAAAAAAAAAAAAAAAAAAAAAAAAAAUUCAUCAACCACAUGUUGAAUUCUCAAGAUUCCUCUUAAACCUGAGAACUGGAAUCAUUUCAGCUAUACAGUGAAAUUAAAUUUGUUUUUCAUAGAUUAUUAUAAUGGAUGUAUAUUGAUAAAAUGUUGAGGUGAGAAUGUUACAGUUGCAAUUCGAGGUCUAUUUAAAUGUUAAAAUGAAAUAGAGAAUUAUGGAUGCACAGCUUUCCAUAUUGUGUUUGGCAUAGGAAAUUGAUUCUCGGAAUUAUAUGCUACCCUUUUUGUUCAUUGUUUGUAGUGCAUAUGGAUGAUGGAAUCACUUUCAUGAAUACAGUUCUUAUUUAGAACAUAUAUUCUAUAACAUUCCUAGAAAAUAAAAAAGAUUUGUGUGUUCAAAACAGGUUUCUUGAUAUGAGACAAGCAGACUGACUUUCAAUUACAAACACUUUCAAUUUUGAACCUUGCAUUUUUAUUGCAAGAACACAGUUAUUUUCAAAAGUUUGGUUUGAGAGUUAUUUUCAGGCAGCAGCUUUUUUCUUGAAAUCCCUUACCGAUAAGUAUAGUAGACAGAAAUAUUUCAAUUACUUUAAUUAAAAAGCAGUGUUCAACAUGUUGACUGAAGGUGGAGUUUAUGUUGUUCACUAAAAAAUAAGAAAUUGGGAAGGGAAUAUUUUGGAUAGAUCAUUGAUGUUAGAAAGUUAAAUUCACCGUUAAUUUGUCAAUAAACUAGAGCAGCAGGGUUUUCUUUGUUAAAAUAUUAAGAUAUUGAAAAUGCGUUCUUAGACAUGAACUCAAAGACAUACUGGCGAGUUUACUUUUAGCUCACUGGUAUAUGCAAGAUAGACAACAAUUUGUGGUGAGGAUAUGAGGAAGUUUUUAUCUAUCCAUUUGUUUAAAGAGUCAUGUUAGGGAAGCAUUUUUAAAAAAAAGAAUUACUCUUUUCAAUGGAACUCAUGUUUAAUUAGACCAAACAUAAGCAAACACUUUAAGUAAUCACUUUGUAGCAGAUUUUCAUGGAAGAGUGCCAAAUUGUUUUGGUUUCAUUAUAGGUUUACAAUCUUCUGAUAGAAUUUCCAGUUGGGAUUUGAAAAACAAAACUCUGUCAUACAGACUUGAAUACAGUGGCCUAACAUGAUGUGUUAAAUUAGCUCUUCAGAUUACUUAAAAUAUAGCUGGGGUUUUCCUUUAUCCAGGGACUAAUGUUCAAGAUUUUGUUAAAAAGAUAAUUAAUUUUGCAUUGACAUUCUGGAUGUUGGUGAUAAUUUGUAGUGACAUUAUGCCUAUUGGUUAUGAGUGUGACAGGCAGGCAGACUGGAUCCAAAUGGACGUUGCAAGAGCCAAAUUAAAUAGUCUGAGCACUGGAAAUUUCUGCCUUGAGGAAAGCAGAAGUUUACAGCAUGCACUUUGUUUUCUACCUACACAAUUAUGGAUUAAUAUACAUCAGUUCUAGGCAGUUGAGGAAUGACAUGAGAGGAUUAAUGGAACUGGACAACAUUACGCAAGUGAAGUGAAAAUUCUGUAAUGAUUUUUCUGCAGUGAUGGAGUAGACAAGGCAAAUGGGCAUCAGCUCCUAGCCUUUGCACCUUCAGAAUUUCAAGAAAAUGAAUGAAAAGAGAAGUGAAAAACAGCUAUCUAACUAAAGCUGGCAUGAAAAUUUUUUCUCAUCAAAUACAUACGUCAUUUUUCACAAAUAAGGAGGAGUUAUUCAACUGAGUGAGCCAGUACUGCUUGCAGUGUAUAAUUUUACCCAUUUAAUUGUGGCCACUUAUCUCUUAAAACUACUUAAAGAAACACCGUGCUUACUCCAUAUCCAUAAUAAGUACAACAGAUUAGAUGUAAAAAUGAAUAUAUAUGACCAACCUUAUAUGUAAUCAUAUUCAUUUUGCUUUAUGAAAUGACUCUGAGGGGACAUUAUUUUUUCCACAUCUUUUUAAAGUUUUAAUAAGAAUGUUUAACUCCAAUACAUUGAACUGCCCUAAUGCCUACUGUUUCUUUUUUUUCUCUACCACAAAGUUUACCUAUCAUAUAUAGAUUUAUGGCAAUAUUUUCUACCACCAAGGCUGUGGGUUUUUAUUUUCCAAGUUAUCUGAAAGCUUGAUUGUCAUUAUUGCAAAUUGAUUAUUUCCAUAGAGGUGCUUUAAUAACAUUUCUGAUCUCAGACUUUAAUUGGGUAAUCUCUUACACAUAUUUAUAGAUAAUUUAUGAGAGGAGGGUUAAUCUUUAGAUUUUUACAAUGUGAUUUUCUUGUGAUAUGUAUUCAUUGGAAGAGGUAGAUUCUUUAAUUGCAUGCAUUUUAUUUUUUAACCACAAAAUAUGUUUAAAAGCUAUGCAAGAAUUAGCAAAAGUAAACUACAGCAAUAUUAAAAUUAUUUUGCAUCACCUUUACAGACCCGGCUCACUUAGGCAACGGUAUUCUACUAAAUCACAGUAUUUUUUAAAGCUUGUUUUUCCUUGUUACCUCCUGAAAUUGUGAUUUUAAAGCUAAAAUGGUCAGGAAUAUGCCAAAUUUAAGAUGAUUAUUUGGAAAAGAGAGAUAUCACAGUCUUAUUAAAUAUGCUAUAGUUAAGGUGAUUGUAAAUGAGUUUUUUAAAUAUACAUACAGGAUGGCAUUGAGACAGAAUUACAAAGUCUAUUAACCAUAAUGAUGGAGUUCAGGAUGCAGAUAAAAUAAAAUGAUUGUCUUAAACUUUCAAUAAAUUUUUUAGCCUAUUUAAGAAUACCUGUAGCUUAUGAAACUUUGUUUAUAUUUAUUUAGUUUCAAAAAUUAAGAAAGAAUUAGAGGAUAUUUGAAGUUCUUAUUAUCUAGUUUCUAAAAUUGUGAGAGAAUGGUCAAAAGACUGGUAUGUCUUAUUUAGAGUGAAUGUGUACUCACUUUACACAUGAAAGAAUCAUUGCUUUGCUUCUGGCAAGAUCUUUAAGCCCUGUAUGGAGACAACAUAGAGAUUUGCUUAAUUAACCCCUGUUCAUUUCACAGAGCAAGAAAUCAGAUCCUCUUUGGCAAUCAUAUGUUACCUGAAUUAUAUUUAAUCUCUUUAUUACUCUGGAAAUAUACCAAGAUACUCACACAUUCACAUACACACAGGCACACACAGAGAAAACCCUAAUGCAAAUAUGGCAAAAUGAACACCCUCACUUAUACCUCAGGCCAUUUCUUCUUCUGAUAAAUCAAAUGUGAAUAGUUCUGAUGGCAUUUCUCUCUGACUGAGAAAUAAGGUGCCAUGUGUAUUCCAUGCAAAGCCUCUGUUUUACAGUUUUAUGGCCCUCACUAAAAUUAGAUAAAUCUGCAUUUGUGUGUGUCCACUACUAAGCCUCCCUCAUGCCACCGGACUUGUUUCAGAAAGUGUAUAUGCUUUCCAUUCUGGCCACUAAGAGGCAACUUGGUGAGUUAUAGAGAUUGACUGGGUGCUUGGCAUGUGGUGCUGCUCCAUUAAACAGUGGGCAAUUAGUACUGGGGAGGUUUAGGACAAUUUAAGCUGUCUUUAUUGUUUUUAGAUGUGCUCUUAGAUGUGGUAAUAUCCUAAUACUUUAUUAACAAAAAUAUAAAAAUCUAACUUCAGUUCACAUUAUAAUACAUUUUCUCAUAUUGCUUUUGUGGUCCAGAUGUAAAAAAAUCACAACAAUAAUUCAUUGUAUAAUCGUUAUCUAAUAUUACCAGGAAGUUUUUGUAAAUGGAGCAAGAUAACCAUAUUGCUCAUUAUUUAAGAGUAAAGUACGUUUUUUCAAUCAUUAUUGCCUAAGUAAUUUUUAGGAGAUGAUGGUUGAAUGGUCCUCCCCACUUCACCACACCAAGAUAGGUUGGUAUGAGUGUUUGCUUUUCCUUUCUGUCACUCUUUAAAUAAUCCUAUAGAAAAUAACAGUAUUGCUUCAAUUUUUAAAAAACUUGAUAAUUUAUAUUGCAUUUUAUUUCUGAGAAAUCGCCACAUUUUUACAUACCCCAAAUAAAUUGCCAUGUGUAACUAUGUACAAAAAAUAAUUUAAUGUGGCUGAAAAAUAUCUCACUUGUUGUACUAUAAUGUAUGAAUAAUAACAAAUGUAAAACCCUUGACAUCACAUUUUCCUGUAAUACUAUUAGUCUUUAGGUAACAUUUACAAUACAGUAUAUUCAAUUGCUACCUUGUGAAAUGAAUUUUUGAGAUUCUUAGUAAGGUACUAAACAAAGCAUUAUUAUUGAAGAAUUAUAGGGGAAAAUUUCUCAAUGAAAAUUGAUAAUUAAAGGUAUUUAAAAUAUGUAUAUUGCAGAGUAGAUAAGAAGCUCAAUGUAGCAAUAUAUUUCUAUUUUGAAUUAAAAUUAAGUUUUUAUUACAUAAACACAAAUUGGCUCAAGAACUAGGUGAUACAUUUUAGAAAAUUUAAAAUAGCCAAAAUAAUGUUGAAAUAUGUUUUAUGGAUAAUUUAUCAAUAAAAAUUAUUACUGUUAAAAAUUGGUAGAUUUCUUUCAUCCCUGUGAUAAUGAUUUAAGUUGAAUGGGAAUUUAGUAACAUACAGGGAUGCAUCUUAAUAUCUAUAUUUGCUGAACAGUGGUAAACACACAAUUAAGACUUGUCCUCAUUAAAAUGGACUUUUGUACACUAUAAUUUGAAUUAAGUAGUAAUGAAUAUAUAAAGUAUUUAAAGACUUGUAUAUCAAAAUGUAUAACGUUCCAUUUUUGGCUAUAUUUUGUAAAACAUUUUUGGUGUAAUCAGUAUGACUCUCACAUAUGUCAAAUCAAGUAUUCUACUAUUUAUUUAAACAGAUAUAUACCUAAUGUAUUUGAAAACUUAUUGCACUCAUAUAAUUGUAUAUAUUGUGGCUUCAAAAGUCUGUACUUAUUCUUGCUUUAAAAAAGUAGAAUGUGCAUUUCUUUCCAAUUUAUUUUUAAUUAAUUAUAUUAAGGAUAACAUUCUUUACUAAAUGUACCUUAAAAUUCACAAUAAAGUUUCAGAAAUUGUUUUGUACAA